GACUCCGGGUGGCUGUCCCACUGCAAAUAAAGGGAGAUAACGGGCUCUUAGAGCGGCUGAAAACUUUUUAUACUGACAUGUUAGAGCAAUGACUUUUGCGUAACGGUAAAACUGGGACUAGGCUCCCAGCAUGAUAUAGGGUCCUUACGAGAAGAGGAAUAAGGAAAGAUUGUCACGGCCUGGUGGGGGUAAAGAAAGCAGUGAAUCCGUUGAAGUUCAGAAAGAAAGAGCGAGCAAGAUUUCCGAAAGUUGAGAGUAAUACAGAAACACAGCGGCGGUGGAAGAGCUAGUGUACCCAUUUGAAAGAUGAGCUUGAUGUCUGCCAUAGACACCAGUGCCUCCGUGUACCAGCCUGCGCAGCUACUGAAUUGGGUCUAUCUCUCUUUGCAAGACACCCAUCAAACUAGCGCUUUUGACGCCUUUAGACCCGAACCCAACUCGUCCCACCCGGAGUUGAACUACUGCAAGGCUCCCGCCGCGGACGUGAGCUCGUCCCUCAACUCCAAUUAUCUCAACAAUUUUUUUCAGCUCCAGCGGAAUGAGGCAUUGAAUAACAGGGCAUAUAAAAAUGUCUCGCCAUACGACUCGCUCAACAACAUUGUUGAUGGACUCAACUCCUUGACGGACCACUUCUCCGACCUCUCCCUCUCCUCAGAGCCCCGCAAGCCCAGCAAAAGACCCCCGCCCAACUACCUAUGCCACCUCUGCUUCAACAAGGGCCACUACAUCAAAGACUGCCCCCAGGCACGGCCUAAAGGUGAGGGUCUAACUCCAUACCAGGGGAAGAAGAGGUGUUUCGGAGAGUACAAAUGUCCCAAGUGUAAGAGGAAGUGGAUGAGCGGUAACUCCUGGGCCAACAUGGGACAAGAAUGUAUCAAGUGCCAUAUCAACGUCUACCCACACAAGCAGGAGCGCGGAGCGGUUCUUAGCAGAGUGGUUGGAAAGGACAUGGAGCGAUGGAACGGGAUUUCCAACCACUCAACUCUGCUCACAUGCUCUGGUCUGGACGCAAUCAGGCUACCGAAAGCGCAUACACGUCCAUUGGAGAAGCCUGAUGGCCUAGACGUCUCAGACCAGAGUAAGGAGCACCCUCAGCACCUGUGUGAGAAAUGCAAAGUCCUGGGCUACUACUGCCGACGCGUGCAAUAACACCUUAACAUAUACUCCCGCCCCUUGCUUCAAUCCUCCCCUCCCUCUCAUCCAUCCUCCUUCUCCUCUCCCCAUCUCCAUCACCUGUUCCUCACCCCUUCCACUCCUCCUCCCCCUCCCUUGUUCCUCCUCCCAUCCCUUCUUUGAAUUAGUCGUUAAACCUCCUUUUGGGGAGGUUUGUCACUAAACACAGUUCCUGGUCAUUAUCCCUACACCUACUGGCCCUUUCUAAAUGGUAAAGGAGUGAGAGAAACUGAUCCAAGACCUGUACUUGGUGAUUAAAAGCCCACAAAGUGCUCUUUCUAAACAGUGAUAAAACCCCACAAAGUGCUCUUUUUAAACAGUGAAAACUUGCCUAAAUAAUUGUAUGUAAAUAUCCUCAAUCAUGACAAGGCAUUGUAGCCUUGUGUACCCCACGCAAUGUGUGUGUGUAUAAUGUGAUAUUGUUCUCACUGACAGUAUUGCCCUCUCUUUGGUUUCAUUACCUCACUUUGGGCUCUGUUGAUUUUGUGGUUACAGAAGCGUUUUCCCUGCCAAGUGAAGUGUGUGUGGAUGUUCUGAGUAUUAAAACAGACAGAGACAGGGCUUCUAGUGAUGGUAAUGUAACAAAGGUCCCUAAACCUUCUAUCGUCAUGGGCUCAAGUCGGGGUCAAUGUCUGGUCAAAUGUCAACCUAUACAUUAAUAACUGUGAAUGAAUUAUGAAUUGAUUAUUGAUUGAUUAACUGAGGGAUACCGCACCAUACAUCCCUGGCUUACAUGUUUUAUGUGGUGUAUUUAUUAUUUGUCGUCUGUUUGUCUGUUGUGCAAUUUUGAAUUGAUUUUAACUGGGAUAUAUACAAGUAACUGUCCAAAUCUAGGAAACACCAACAUAAAGUGUCUUAAUAACAGGGCCAGAGCAGCUUCAAUGAACCUUGGCAUAGAUUCAACAAGUGUCUGGAACUCUAUAGGAGGGAUGCGACACCAUUCUCCCAUGAGAAAUUCCAUAAUUUCGUGAUCUGUUGAUGGUGGUGGAAAACGCUGUCUCGGGCACCACUCCAGAAUCUCCCGUAAGUGUUCAAUUGGGUUGAGAUCUGGUUACUGAGAGGCCAUGGCAUAUGGUUUACAUUGUUUUCAUGCUCAGCAAACCAUUCAGUGACCACUUGUGCCCCGUGGAUGGGGGCAUUGUCAUCCUAUGGUGGCAUAGCCAUGGUAGCCAAAAUAAUGGCAAAAAUCAUCAUAGCCUGCCCAGCAUUUUUAUACAUGACCCUAAGCAUGAUGGGAUUUUAAUUGUUUAAUUAACUCAGGAACCACACCUGUGUGGAAGCUCCUGCUUUCAAUAUACUUUGUAUCCCUCAUUUACUCAUGUUUCCAUUAUUUUGGCGGUUACUUUUAUAUGAAUGUGUAAUAGUAUACGUGUGUAUGUUUUUAUAUCAAAGUAUUAUUGUGUAACUGCUUCUAAUUGUCUAUAGAAACUACUUUAGGUUGAGAAUCGUUCUUCGUUUAGAUGUAGUACCGUGAUAAUAACAUUGAUGUUUUGUAUUUAACAUGCUAUGCAUUUACGUCAGCAAUGAAAUUAGUGUUUAGGUAUUAAUCGAGAUUUACAAAUUGACCAGCUUUGAAAAUUCUUGUCCAAAGCCAAAUGCAAUAAGAGCCGUUUCUGUUAUGAUAAAGACUGAAUAUCCAGUUCCUCUUAGCCAAUAUAACAUCCAUAUUUAGACUCUCAAGUGUUAGAUUGAACCUAUCUGCAAUGCUGUAGUCUUUUUUUGCCUACCUAAUUUAAUACUUUACUUCCAAAUAAUAAUUUUAUUAUUGUAAUGAGUUCCUUGAAAAGUAAUUCCGUCCUGUACUCUAUGUAUGCAAACAAUAUUCUUAUUAAGGACUCAACUUCAGUAGUCUAUUUGGUGUAGGAUGCCGGUAGAUUGACAUGGUGGAUUUUAGUUGAUUAGAACUGGUAUUUAAUCUGGUAUAUACAGUAAAUAAGUAAUCCUUAUGCAUUUCAAAGUGGUUUUAUAGUAUACAUAUAGCAUUUGCAAAUUCACAUCUUUUUUAGGACUCACACCUGGCCAAAUAGAGCUGUUCCAAUCUUGUAACGCUACUUUAAGAUAGCUUUAUUUACCUAGAAAUAUGACAGUGAAUCUAACUAAUAUCUUUUUCCAAGGGGUUUAACCCCUUCAUAGUGUGUCAAACAGGUGACAGCAGUAAAGGAUGUCUGGGGAGAGAGAGAGGUGAAGGGAUGUAGGUAAGAUGAAUAUAAUGUUUGGUGAAGAAAAAAUAAGUGGGAAAGUUGUCUUGUAACAGACAUAGCCAUGUUUUGUUUAUCAGAGGACGUUUUGUAAGUGUGAUGAUGGAUUAAGUUUACGUUACUGAGUGUUUGAUACCACAUCAUGAUAUAAACAUUAAAUAAUGUCUUUAAUAGAGGAGGUAACUAACCAUUAUCUCUGUUUUCAAAGAUCUAGGCCUAUACUUUAAACUUUAUCGUUGGAGAAUCUAGAGGAAAGAAUAUCUUUGAUCUAACAUUUUGUAAUGUUAGGUUUAGUUGUAUUUUAGCGAUAGAGGUUAUUGACACUUUCGGAACAUUUAUGUUGUGAGUAUAGCUGAAGAGGAGUUUGCUAACAGUUUUCAAAGCUGAGGUGUAUUUUUCAAAUCAAAACACAUUAGUUUCUCAAAUAUUUAGAAUGUGUUUAAUGGUUCUAUAAAGGUUGAAUUAAUAGUUGUAUAUUUUAUAUUAUCUUAAAAGUACCAAUGUGCCUUGUAAAAAGAGAAUAAUUAUUUUGAAAAAUUUGAAGGAAAUGAAAUAAGAGGAGAAUUGAACUUAGUUUGGAACUGGAUUAAACUAAGUAACUCUGAGGUAGUGUUUUGCCAAGUUUGAUGCAAGUUCAAGAUGUGAAUACAAAUGAGAAAACAAAUAACCUUACCCCAUUAGAACUGAGAAGUUUCAACUGGCCAAUGUCUUCCUCUACACCAUUUUUUUGAGUUUGGAUGCAGACAAUCACACACACUGUAGCUAGUCUGUUGUCAUGGGAUCAACAACAAUGCUAUUUUGAAGUCAGUACACUAAUGUGAAUGAUGUUUUCACUAAAAGCUGUAUACCUCAUCCUUGUUCUCUGGGAUUAAAUCUGAUCUCAUUUGGGCUUUUAAAGGCAAUUUCCGAUUGAGGCGAUAUGCAGUGUUUACUGUGAAUGGGAUCUCCACAAAUGCGCCAACAUUUCCUUUAAAAGAUGCAAUGCCUAUAACUCGUGUUCGGAUUGAAUCCCGUCCUUGAGAUGAUAGUCUGUUUAUGACUUAAUGCUUGAUUUAACAAACACAAGUAGGAGUUUAGUCUGUUGUCUUACAUACAAUGGGUGGAGACUGAACAAUGCCUUAUGCAUCAUUUGUCAAAACUUGGACAUCACACUCAGUUGGUUUUAGUUAUAUGGGGAGGUGAAGGAUAGUUCCAGAUCUGUUUGUGACUCUUGAUAACCCCUAUAGUCAUUGUGACAGCACAAUUAGAUCUUGAACCAGCCUACAGGACAGUAGUCUACUCAUAAAAUAUUAGGCUUUAUAAUCGCGAGGAGAUGCAUCAUAGCCAUUAUAUGGAUAUUGUAUUAUCAUCUGAACAAAAAUGUUUUUUUUUAAUCAUAUUUGAUGUGAAUCGUAUUGAUGUUGAGGGUUUUGUACGUUGAUUACAGGUCAUAGCAGAUUAUAAUUUUCUCCCCACAUAAUGUUGGGAUCAAUUCUAUAUUUUCAGUACUGUAGCUAAUAUAAUUAAUCUGUUCUCUGUCAUAUCUAAUAAGUGUUAUAAAACCAACUACAACCAAGCAGAACACUGCUGAUAUCCUAUCUUUACAACAUAUUCUAGUCUUUAUUCUCUUCCCAACAGUAGUGUAUGUUUCCAUUAGCCAUCUCCGUUAGCUUGGGUAUUAGCCAACUAAACCUAGGCCUAGAUUCAAUCAGCUGCACAGCUGAUGUGUUGAAGGAGUCGGAGGUAUAACUGCAUUGGAGCUGUCCAAUCAGUGAGCAGCUGCUCCUGAUCAUUUUCACGAAGCCACACCCAUCCCACUUGCGUUAGAAGAUCAGAACGAGAAAGUGUAGGCUAUAUAGAUUAAAUAAUUAUGCUCAAAUUGAAAAUCAUUAAAAUAAAUAAUGAGGGCCUCCCGAGUAGUGCAGUGGUCUAAGGCCACUAGAGAUCCUGGUCCGAGUCCAGGCUCUGUCGCAGCCGGCCAUGACUGGGAGACCCAUGGGGCGACGCACAAUUGGCCCAGCAUCGUCCGGGCAGGCGGGUGCAAUGCACGUGGACACCGUCGCCAUGUGUACAGUGUUUCCUCCGUGGUUGGCUUCUGGGUUAAGCGGGCAUUGUGUCAAGAAGCAGUGCCGCUUGGCGGGUUGUGCUUUGAAGGACGCAUGGCUCUCGAUCUUCGCCUCUCCGGAAUCCGUACGGGAGUUGCAGCGAUGGGACAAGUCUGUAACUACCAAUUGGAUACCACAAAAUUGGGGAGAAAAAGGGGUAAUAUAUAUUUUUUUUUAAUGAAUAAAAAGAAAAAAGAUUUCUAUCAGCCUAAUCGAGGUGUAGAUUACAUCUCACAUUCCAGUCUUCGAACUUGAAUGGCUGCAUGGGAUAUCUCUUACUGCGACUCUUUCCAGCCAAUGGUAAUGCCAUUUUCCACUUUAGGUACAGUAUAAUUCCAGGAGCGGCUUGUGGAUUUGACAACUCUAACUCCGUUCCACCUCCGACACUGCCGAAACAAUUGCUACGUGGAUGACUGCUAAAGCAGAUCUAAUUGAAUAGAACCCCUAAAGUGCUAAUACUGAUCAAAAUUGAUAUGCAUUAGGCUUAUGAGUGCUCUGACUUUAAGGAAUAUAAGGAUAAGAAUAUCCUUAAGAAUAUAAGGAAUAUCAUGAAGAAUAUAAAGAGAAUAUAAAAUUGCCCAACAUAUUUUUGUGGGAUAGUCUGAUUCCGUCCAGACCAGUUUGUGAAGAAGCCAUGUGUUUGAGAUGGCAUAACGAGCCAAUUGAAGCAGUUCAUACAAUGUGUUUAUUGUAUUUAAAAUGUAUACAAAUGCUUUUUCAGAUGUGUUUUUUUGUCUUGAAUUUAGGGCUGGAUUCAAUCCAUAUCGUGGAAGUAUCUCAGAAGAUCAGCGUAAAAAUGUAACGGUAAUUUCUGAUUGAGCCGACAUAAUCAGCGUUUAACGUGAAUGCAGUCUCCACUAACAGGGGAACAUUACCUUUUAAAUGUAAUCUGCGCUAUAAUGCGGAGCUUCCGUGAUGCUUCUGCGAUUCUGAUUUAAUCCAGCCCUGACAUAUACUUGAUUUUUCUAGUUCCUUUUCGGUAUGGGUUUGUUAUUUUCUAUGAAAGAUUUGUGUAUUUUGGAAAAAAUACUUGAUUUUUCCCUAAAAAAUACAUUUUACAACUGACUGUUUUAUGUAUAUAUUAGAUGGCCAUAAUUUUUAAGGAUCUUAGCUCCUCUGAAAUGUAAUGCAAUUUUGAAGCUUUCUAUGUGAAAAAGGGCCUAUAUUGCUGAGAAACAAAUAAAGCUGGGAGUUUUUUUGUUGAUGUUUUACAAUAACCUGAGGGGUUAAUCCGACAGAAAUAUUUAUGAAAAGAUUUUUUACAACACAUUUUUUAAAAUAUAAAAUAAGCAACAGUUACACUAAGAAGAAAAUAUUGAAAUACAUAGAUUAAAAAAGUUGGUACAUAAUUAUGAAUACCCUUUACUCAAUUAUAAGCCAUUGUGUGUUUUUUUGUGGUUAGAAACUUUAUCAGUAUUGCAUAACCCAGAAUGAUACCCAAGUGCUUUAACUAAUAUGUCAAUUAGUUACAAUUUGUGUCCUUUGAAUAGCAUGCAUUCAUGUUGUAUUAAGAGUAUUGCAUGGUUAUGAAAAUGGCAGACAUAAUUACCAAUGUUUUGUUAUUAAAAUUCUAUAUCAUUGAUUAAGAUGUUACUAGGUUAAGCAAUAAUACUGUUUUGUUAACAUGCAGAAGAAAUCAUCUUUAUAUUUGAAUGACUGAUACUCGCCACUAUAUAAGCACAUUCAACUGUGAGUUCUAGUUUGCCAAAGCAGCUACAACAAGGACAUAUUGUGAAAUCAUUAUUUUUAUUCAUAGUGUAGUAAACCUGGACUCAGGGGUAGACUUAACAUAGUAAACAUAAAUCUGUCUCCUUCCGUGUAGUAUAAUAUCUUAUGUUUCGUAUGGUAUGUUACAAAUUCCAAUUUGUUGUGGGUAAUGUUAGCUAGGUGGCUAACUGGCUAUAGUUAGCUAGGCUAGGGGUUCGAAUUAAGGUUAGGGGUUAGGUUAAAGGGUUAAGGGAAGGGUUAGCUAACAUGCUAAGUAGUUGCAAAGUUGCUAAUUAGCUGAAACUGUCCGUGAUGAGAUUCGAACAUGCAACCUUUGGGUUGCUAGAUGUUCACGUUAUAGGUUAAGUUAAAGGGUUAAGGGAAGGUUUAGCUAACAUGCUAAGUAGUUGCAAAGUUGCUAAAACUGUCCGUGAUGAGAUUCGAACACGCAACCUUUGGGUUGCUAGAUGUUCACAUUAUAGGUUAGGUGUUAGGCUAACAGGUUAAGAGAAGGGUUAGCUAACAUGUUAAGUAGUUUCAAAGUUGCUAAUUAGCUAAAACUAUCCGUGAUGAGAUUCGAACACGCAACCUUUGAUUUGCUAGACGUUCACGUUAUAGUAACCUUCUGUCUCAUGUAGCCAUACCAAACGUAACAUUUCGUACUAAUUUGAGUGUCCUGAAUUUAUAUUUAAUAUGUUACGUCUAGUCUAUGAGACCAGGCUGUAGUUCAGAGUGUAACUUACGUCUGUUAAUCAAGUUUGUGAGACAAAAUUACUAUUAUAGAGUUUGCAUGUGCAUGUGUUUUGAUUUUAAAUGAAAAAUGUGUAUUACUUCGUGCAAUGUAUUUAAUUUUAGCACUGUAACGUAGUUGGCUACAUACUGUAAUGGGCUAUAUAGAGUCUGUCCUUAAUAGCACCCUAUUAAUUUUAUAGUGCACUACUUUUGACCCAGCACAUAGGGCUCUGGUCAAAAGUAGUGCACUAUUUCGAGAAUAGGGUGCCAUUUGGGAUGUACAAUAGUCUCAACAUUCUCAACAACUUCAAAUUGAUUGUUACUAGUCAUAAAAAUGUAUUGUUCACUGAUAGUGUAUACCAAUUUAUACAUACUAACUGAAUGUAGUGUUUUAACACUUAAGUGGUCGAUUAGACAUUCAUUUUGUUCUUUGACAUCUGUAACGUUUUGAGAUUGUAUGCUAUAAUUGGAUUGAGUGAGUUAGGAUGAUGAGUGAAAAGUUGUUGUGGAAAAAGAAAAUAACACUUCUGUUGCAACAUGUCCCUGAAAUGGCAUUCCCAAAUGUGCCUUUUUUGUUAGUUAAGAAAACAACAAACUACUUUCCCACCGGGCACAGGCGUCAAUUCAACGUCUAUUCCACGUUGGUUCAGCGUAAUUUCAUUGAAAUUACAUGGAAACAACGUUUAUUCAACCAGUGUGUGCCCAAUGGGUUAGAGCUUUUGUGCUAUUAGGAAUUUUGAUGAAUAAAAUACAUGUUAAAUUCGAAACAUUUGGAUAGUGUUGUUUUUCAAUGCAUUGUUGAAUUUGUACUAUUCAAUAUACAGGCGUUGCUUCUUAGUUCACCUCGCCCACUGAAAAGCUAGAUAGAAUUUCACCAUAUUGCUUAAAUAGAACUAUCCAAUCCACUCAAAUCUACACAAAUACCCAGGGGUUAGGGAUCAGGGGCUACAAUACAACAAUACAGCUUUAGGGCUCUAUGCAAUCUGUAGUGAUGAAGAUCCGCUUUUUAACACAAUUGACAAUUAUGUUCCCAUGGUCGCGGAGACUGUAUUCAUGGUAAACAUUGCAUACUGUAUGCCGGCUCAAUUGGAAAUUACCUUUACAUUUUAACGUAGAUCUUCCAAGAUACUUCGGCGAUACGGAUUGAAUCGAUCCCUUAUUGUCCAUAUGUUACAACGAAUAAACUAACAUUUGUUGUCUA